CUGAAUUUUCUCGGCGGGGCGAGAGUCGAGAGAGGGUGCGGUGCACAGAAUUCAGUUUUUCACUUUUUGGACGGAUUUGAGGUGGCGUUAGCUGAGAGCUGUUGAUCACCAUGGCGUGUGGAAACUGUCUAGGAGCUGCGGAAGAUGCCCCAGACUCGGGGAAGUUGACGCCAAUUGAGAAGAGAUCAUGCACAGAUUGCUUAUGUUGCAUCCUCUUCGUCUUCUUUUGGAUCGGAAUGUUUUUCAUUGCUGGUUACUCCAUCGCCACUGGCAACGUGCUGCGACUGAUCUAUGGCUACGACAGCUAUGGUAACAUCUGUGGAAUGGACAACCCUGAGAUUGCUAACAUUUCAAACUCUGGCAUGGAUAUGACAGAGAGACCGCGGGUGUUCUUCAUGGAUGUUCGGCAGCCGUUUCCCUCUCUUGAAAUCUGCGUCAAGGAGUGUCCCGAGGAGAUGCUGAAUACCACUUCAGACUUAAAGAUGUUCGCCGAGGAGACAGGAUCUAUGCUUUGCGAUUAUAACGUGAAGGUGGAGGACUACAUCGGUACAACCCAAGGGGUGGACGGACCGUGCCCCUCUGUAGCCCUUGCAAGUGAUGUUCUCUUGAACCGCUGUGUACCUAAGGACAUUACAGAGUUGAGUAAAGACACCAUUGAGAAGUUGAUUAGCUUCUUGAAUUCAUCUCGUCUCAUCUCUAAGGUCAUGGCUGAUCUCUACAUGGCUCGCUGGGCCAUACUGGGCAUGUGCGGCAUUGCGUUACUGCUGGCAUUCAUCAUGGUAUUCCUGAUUCGUCUUGUUGCUCAGUUCAUUGUUUGGGUCAUCUACAUCGUUGCCAUUGUUGGUGCUGUUGGUGGUACUGUGGCCCUCUGGGUAACCUAUGUCCUUCAGAAGAAGGAGCUAGAUGCUAUGGAGGUAGAGUUAGAGGCAGCUCAACGUAACGUCAUGUCUUUCCUUGUCUACUCCAUCUUGGCUACGGUCUUCACGGUGAUCCUCCUCUUGGUGAUCCUAGUGAUGAGGAAACGAGUUGCCUUCACCGUGGAGCUUCUUGGCCAGGCAGGCAAGGCCAUCUCAGCCAUGCCGUUCCUUCUCAUCCAACCGAUCUGGACGUUCCUCAUUCUCAUCUUGUUCUUCGUCUACGUCCUCGUUGUGUUUGUCUGCAUCUCGGCCACAGGAACGCCUAAAAUUAACCCCGAGACGGGUCAUGUGAUCUAUGACCCCCCUGAGCCGGUGACCUACAUGUGGUGGUACCACGCCAUCGGGUUCAUAUGGACUGCAGAGUUCAUCCUGGCAUGUCAUCAGUUUGUCAUUGCAGCCUGCGUCGUGGACUGGUACUUUACAAGAGAUAAGGAGAACUACAGCUCUCCCAUUCUGAGGUCCAUCGGGCUGCUCAUCAAGAACCAUCUUGGCUCCAUGGUGUUUGGUGCCUUCAUCAUCCUGCUGGUUAAGAUCCCUCGAGCAAUCCUGCUGUGGAUCCAGAUGAAAUUCAAGGGUUCGGAGAACAGUGUGGCCAAGUUUAUUCUGCGCUGCAUGUCUUGCUGCCUCUGGUGUCUGGAGAAGUUCCUCAAGUUUCUGAAUGAGAAUGCGUACAUCGUUAUCGCAAUUGAGGGCGGUGGAUUCUGCAGUUCUGCCCAAAAGGCUUUCAUCAUACUGCUCUCCAAUGCUCUACGUGUAGCCGCCAUCAACUGCGUCGGAGACUUUGUCCUGUUCUUGGGGAAGCUCGCUGUGGUUGCCCUGACUGCUGUCUGUGGCCUUGCCAUCAUGGGGACCAAUGAGAGUAUAAUCUUCUAUGCAGUGUCCCUAUUUAUUGGGGCCAUAUUUGCAUACUUUACCGCCAGCUGUUUCCUGAGUGUGUAUGAGAUGGCUGUAGACACUCUGUUGUUGUGUUUCUGUGAGGAUGUUAGAAUCAAUGAUGGGUCACCUGAGAAACCAUACUUCAUGGAUGUAGACUUAAUGGAAUUUGUGACAAAUAGCAGUGAGGCCCUCGCCAACUUAAAGAAGAAGAAACCCGUCUCUGGUGGAGAUGAAACAGAUGCAGCCACACCCGCCCACGUCAUCCUGAAGGAGGAAGAAGAUGAAGAGAAGUCGUCCCCACCUCCUUCAGGAGAUGCCGGGGAGAAAGAGCCACUCAGGAGUGCGGAGGACGGCCGAGGAGAUGAAAGUGAGACGCCCAAGGAAGAGGAAACUGAAAAGCCCAAGGAAGAUGAAGAGGAGAAGCCCAAGGAAGAUGUGUAGGAGGAGAUGAAGGUUCGAGAAGUCGUCUCUAAAAUGGAACAGAAGCGGUAUCAUUCAAGGGAAAUUUAUACUUUGGUUGGUCCGAAGUCUAUAAAGUUACAGCUAUCGGAAAAUUUGAAGGGUUGGGUACAGCGUUUGUUGGUUAUCAAAGUUUAAGAUGACAGUUACACAGAAGAGGUUUCUGGUAAAGAAGCAAAAUGUGUCUUUAUUGGUAGGAUGUUUAGAAAGGACUGCCGUGAGCAGGGAGGGGUCAGCAAGAACUGUAUACAUUUGAUUUGAGUUUUGCUAUUUUGAAAUUUGAAAAAAAAUUAGCAGGGGGAUAAAGCUGGUGCUGAAUUUGUUAAAAUUAUUUUCUUUUUUUAAGGCAGGAAAGAACACUGUUUUAGUUUUAGACAUGUGUGUGCUUGCAUCCAGAAGUGUAGGGGUUUAAAUAAAAGUGUAAUUAAAACCGCCAUCUGUUGCUGUAAAACAGCUAUAUACAGAUUGGAGUUUGAGUUAAUUGUUGUUGGGGAGGGGGGGGGGAGGGGAAGGGAGUUAGUCGAGAGAACAAAACUUCAUUGUUUUUUUUUAUAUUUGAAUUUUCCUUUUAAUUAUUAGAAUUGUUGAGCAGAACUAAGGAAAUUGUGGUAGUUAAUAUCGUAGCGUUUCGGUGGACAUGUGCAAACCUUGUCUACAUAGUGUUGAAGAUGUUGCAGCAAUUGAGUCUGAGUGACAUACGUUUUGUUUGAUGAAUUGCAGGGGUUUGAGGAGCUUUAGUUUGCGGUGUGCGAUGUUGCAGGGCAGUGGUGAGCACUUUGAGCUUGAACUUUGGCAACCUCUGUUUAGGGAAGGGCGAUCAGUGAACCCAAUUGAUCUGGUUUGGUCAUAACGUAUGGUCAAUCUUGUUUGCGCCGUUUAUGGGGACAGUUUCCCCCGUUUUGUUAAUUUUGGAAAUUGUUAAGAAUAACGUAUGGAAAGAAUUAGAAACCACUGUGUAUUGAUACAGAAUUGAUGCUACUCAUAUUUAAUGUUUAAUCUUGAAUGCAUGUACCGGCAGUCAUUCAUAUCAUGGUAGUGGAUCAUGAAAGAAAUUCAACUUUCAAAUCUCUUUCGCUUUUUGCUUGAAUUAUUUGUCUUUAUAUACUUAAAAACAGUCUGUAAGAA